GUUGUUUCUAUUAUUAGAAAGACCGGCGGAUGUCAGCCAAACUUCGAUUUCUCAACCUGUUGGCCGGGAACUUCGGCCGACAGUACCCUGGAAGUUAUGUGCCCAUUUCGAUUUUGCACUACAAUCCCUUCCUGUGCAGAAAUUUCCAAAAGAGCUGUUGCUCGACGUUAUUGCAAUCCGGAUGGUGUCUGGUCACUUCCGGACUACAAUGCUUGCCUCGCUUUGACGGCUCAUCAUAAGGGUUGCUUUGAAGGAUACUGUCAUACGUGUCCGGAUCCAUUUCGAGAUGCUGUUAUAGCAGUUUCAAUGACACUAAGUAUAAUUUCUGUAGUGUUAUUGACAGCUGCACUAAUAUUAUUUUCAUUAUUCAAAUCACUGCAAUGUCGUCGUUUGACAAUUCAUAAGAAUCUCGCAAUGGCUUUCAUAUUAAGGUUUACUUUUCUUGCUAUUUGGUCAGUUGCUCAAAUUUCUAAUCUAUUCAAGGAUUGUUCCGAAUUCUAUACGAGACCCAAGUUUGGUGCUUAUGUAGCUUCAGUUUUAUGGAUGUUUAUUGAAGGAGCAUAUUUAUACAGUCGUUUUACCAUUUUUGCAAUGAGGCACGUUGAGCCACCAUAUUUUGUGUAUCCGCUAUGCGGUUGGGGUUUUCCUGCCCUGGUUGUACUUAGCUGGACAAUAUUACAAGAACGACAAGUGGAUGAACAUGGUAAACCAUUGUACUGUUGGUUACCCUAUGCUAGUGGUCCACAUCUAUGGAUACUGUCUGGUACCAUGGGAUUAGCGUUAAUUGUAACAAUGUUUUUUUUGGUUGUUUUGACAAUUAUUGUAAGAAAUUUUAAUGAAUUUAGGAAGACAAUUAAAGCAACUUUAUUGUUGGUACCAUUGCUCGGUGUAUCAAACAUACCGUUAUUCUAUGAACCAGAAGGUGUCGGCAAUGCAUAUAUGUUGGUUUCAGCAGUUUUGCAACAUUCACAGGGGAUUUUUAUUGCUGUUCUCUAUUGCUUCUUAAGUGGCGAAGUUCGUAGUGCUGUCAAACGAAGGCUGGGUAAAUUGCCUUUCCGGUUUCUUCGUCAUUCGUUAGAACGAACAUAUAUUACAGAAGCCAAAAAGAACUAUUGUCAACCCGGUGCUGCAAUUGCUUUAGAAGAAGCAAAAAUUUUGAAUGCUGAUGACGAAGACUAA